GAGCCUCUACGCCCCGCCCAGCGACCGGUCCCCGCCGCGCCGCUGCGGCUCCUCCUCCCUCCUUCCGUCCUCAGCUCCUUCCGUCGGUGGUUCUUUUCUUCCUGCUUCGCCUGCACGCUUCGCGGUAUGGGGCAGAGCCUCGAAUCCGCCAGUACCUCCUGAGGAUCCUGAAACCACCCCCGCGAUGGAGGAGGACCAGGAGCUGGAGAGGAAAGCAAUAGAAGAACUGCUUAAGGAGGCAAAGCGUGGGAAGACAAGAGCAGAAACAAUGGGGCCUAUGGGUUGGAUGAAGUGUCCCCUUGCUGGUACAAAUAAAAGAUUUCUAAUUAACACAAUUAAGAACACAUUGCCCUCCCAUAAAGAGCAAGACCACGAACAAAAAGAGGGCAGUAAGGAACCCACAAAGAACCAGGCCCAGAAAGAAGAAAAUCCGAAGCAGCACAGAAGCCAUCCUUACAAGCAGAGCUACCGUUCCCGAGGCGCGGUCAACUACUCCCCGCCGAGGAAGCGGAGCUCCCAGGACAAGCGCGAAAAGCGACCCAGCCGGCGGUGAGGGUGGGAUGGGGUGUGCAGACAGGGCUGUGGGCGACAGGCGUUGGCUGGCAGAGCACACACCUGACAGUGAUUUUUACAGUCCAUUCUUUGUUAUUGUUUUUAAAGAGGCUGCUGGCAACAGGCAAAAAAAAAAAAAAAAAAAAAAAAAACCUGAUAACUCAAGGAAACCAGUACAAAGGAAAAUGUCUUGGCAAGUUUAAGCUACUUCAGCAGUUUAAUAUAUGCACACGUAUGGUUUUUAUUCUAUCUUGUUUGGAAGUGAGUUCCAAAAUAAGCAAAUCUAGAGUUUAAAGUUUUCAGAGAUUAUUAAAACUGUUUCCAUUUUUUUUGUCCUUUCUCAAAA